AUGUUCUCGUCGCGAUUGUUUGUAUUUUUUGCAUUAGCAGCUCUAACGGCUGCUUAUCCCGCGAAUGAUGACGGCUUCUUUCCGCGACCUAUCACAACAAUAACCGACACCGAUUUCGACGAUCCAUCACCAUGGUUCAGGUUUCCGGCAUUUGGUAACAUAUUUGCGCCAUUGACAAAGCUGUUCUCUGCCUUCGCUGACAUCGGACCGAGGAUUGAAUCUGAUGAUGAUAAAUUCAGAGUUAUCGUUAGUGUGAAGGAUUACAGCUUGGCCGACCUGAAAGUUAAAGUGAAAGGCGACUUCAUCCUUGUACAAGGGGCCCAUGAAGCUAAACAAGACGAUCACGAUUUAUUUGCUAGCCAAUUCAUACACACAUACUCUUUGCCAAUCAACGCUAGCGCAUCAGAUGUUACUGCAAAGGUAACAGCUGACAAGUAUUUGAUUAUCACAGCCCCAAUAAAUGGUGCUGAUGCUGAUAAGGAAAAGGUCGUUGAAAGAGAAGUUCCGAUUGUCGAAAGUACGGAGUCAUGGAAUAAUGAAGAAAAAGUAGAAAAGGACAAAAAGCCAGAGGAUGCCCAAGUAAACGCGAGUGAUGUGGCCUCGCUUUCAGAAAGCGAUGUGAGCCCGGUAAAAGAGAGUGAUGCGGUCCCGGUAAAAGAGAGUGAAGCUGUCCCGGUAAAAGAGAGUGAAGCUGUCCCGGUAAAAGAUAGUGAUGUGGCCCCGAUAGAAAUCGAUGAAGCCAAGUCACCAGUUACCACAGGGCUACCAGCCACUUUAGCUGAUGCUGAUGAUGAUGAUAAUAAGGAAGCAACUACUCCAUCUAAUCGUGAAGAAGUAACCGUCCGCGAUAUUCCCGACGAAAUAAACGAAGUGAACAGCAUUAACGAGAUCCAGCCC